AUGCAUCAGGCUAAAUCCUGGAAGAACCCCAAGCAUCUGUCUAACUUUGGCCAGUAUAUUGCGGAUUGUCUGCCAAAAUAUGUUCAAUUGGUUGAAUUAAACCAAGUAAACGAGUUAUCAAUUUGUAUACAUCCCGACGGGAUAUUGCCUGUUCUCUCCUUCUUGAAAGAUAAUCAUAAUUCCCAGUUUGCUAGUCUGGCGGACAUUACUGCCAUAGAUGUCCCAUCCAGAAAGUACCGAUUUGAACUAAUUUACAAUCUACUUUCCCUUCGUUACAAUUCGCGUGUCCGUGUUCGUACUUACACCGAUGAGCUUACUCCAGUGGAUUCGUCGUGUUGCAUCUUUCAAGCUUCAAAUUGGUAUGAACGUGAAAUUUAUGAUAUGUUUGGCGUCUUUUUCGCCGAUCACCCCGAUUUACGACGCAUACUAAAUGAUUAUGGAUUCAACGGUCAUCCGGAACGAAAAGACUUCCCUCUCUCAGGCUAUACUGAGAUGCGAUUUGAUGAAGAGUGUCAACGAAUUGUCAUUGAGCCACUUGAGCUUCCGCAGGAGUUCCGAAAGUUUGAGUAUAAUACGCCUUGGGAGACCUUCCCUGCAUUCCGGGACGUUGAGAAGAAUAAAGACAAGUUAAUCUACCUAGGUAAACCUCAGGAAGAUCAAAAAAAGCUACGCUCUCUUGAGGAUACAAAAAAAGAGUAG